AUGCGAUUAUUGCUCGCGCUCACCGUGCUCAUCGCGAUCGUCGAUGCGACGAAGCUGAUCCCGCGCGAGUUGCUCUUCGACGAUCCCAAAUACUCAUCGGUGUCGUUGAGUCCCGACGGCAGACACGUCGCCUAUUUGGCGCCGGACGCGAACGCCGUCAAAAACGUGCACGUGCGCUGCUCGACGUGCACGACGACGCGACAGGUGACGUUCGAGACGGAGCACGCGAUACUCGGCUACGCGUGGACGUCGGUGCCCGACAUCAUCCUCUACACGCAGGACGAGCACGGCGACGAGAACACGCGCAUCUACAAGAAGAACAUCUCGGCGGCCGCCGAUCGCCGCAAUCGGCACGCGAUCAGCGAGAAUCGCAACGUCAAAGCGCUCAUCAUGGCCAACGAUCUUGUGUCGGACGAGGUCGUCAUCGGACUCAACGAUGAGAAUCCAGCGCUUCACAACGUCUACACGUUCAAUUUGCGGACGAACGAGAUGCGUCUGAUGCUGCGCAACACGCGAUUCCCGGUGUUCGUCUUCGACACCGCGCAGAACAUCCGAUUGGCGUCGGAAGAGGGCGCCGACGGGCAGCUCGUCUACUACAAGCUCGUCAAUCAGCACAUUCGGCCGCUCACCACCGACGCGAUUCAUUGGGAGAAGUACGUCGAGGUGGCGCCCGACGACAAGCCGAUCACCACGCCGAUCUCGUUCGAUCGCACCAAUCGCUUCAUGUUCUGGAUUCUCGGAGAAGGCAGCGAUCUCGGCAAUCUCGUCGUGUUCCCGUUCGACAAUCCCGACCAGAAGGAGGUGCUCUAUAGUGCGCAGCGAGCGCAAAUCGGCAACGUGCUGAUGCAUCCGAUCGACAAGACGCUCAUCGCCGUCACCGAGGUCUACCACAAGCCGGAGUUGUUCGUCGCCAAUGAGACGUUCAUCGACGAUCUUCAAUAUUUGGUGAACCUUCGACCGACGGGCUCACUUCAGAUCAUCUCAUUGAGCAAUGAUAUGAGCACAUGGCUCGUCACCUAUUCAUCAGCCGACCAUCCAUUUGAGAUCUACAUCUAUCGACGAUGGGUCAAGAAGGCCGAGUUGUUCAUGAGCACGCGUCCGGAGCUCAACGCGUACGCGCUCAACACGCAGAUCGGCUUCGAGUUUCGCGCGCGCGACGACGUCACCCUUCAAGCGUACAUCUCGCUGCCGCCGACCGUCGAACUGUUGACGGCGUCGCAGGUGCCGGACGGCGAUCGAGCGCACGCGCGUCUCGGCAUGAUACCGGCGCGUCCGCAAAAAAUGGUGGUGCUCGUGCACGGCGGUCCGAAAGCGCGCGACACCUACGGAUUCAGUCCGACGAACGCGUGGCUCACGAAUCGCGGCUACGCCGUCCUUCAGGUCAACUAUCGCGGAAGCGUCGGCUUCGGCAAACGGCUGACGAACGCCGGCAACGGCGAGUGGGGCCGCAAAAUGCACUACGACAUUCUCGAUGCCGUCGAGUUCGCCGUCGGCAAAGGCAUCGCGAAUCGUUCGCAGAUCGCCAUCAUGGGCGGCAGCUAUGGCGGCUACGAGACGCUCGUCGCGAUGACGUUCACGCCGAGUGUGUUCGCGUGCGGCGUCGACAUCGUCGGGCCGUCGAAUCUCGUCACACUGGCGCAAGCGGUGCCGCCCUACUGGCGCGGCUUCUACAAGGACCUCGUGCGGAUGCUCGGCGCCGACGUCGACACCGACGCCGGCCGACAAUCGUUGACGUCGCGCUCGCCGCUCUUCUUCGCCGAUCGCGUCAGCCGCCCGCUGAUGAUAUUGCAGGGCGCCAACGAUCCGCGUGUGCGGCAAUCCGAGUCGGAUCAGUUCGUCGCCGCGCUGGAGCGCAAACGCAUUCCGGUCACCUACAUUCUGUAUCCCGACGAGGGUCACGGCUUCCGCAAGUCGGCGAAUCGAUUGGAGCAGCACGGCCACAUCGAGUCGUUCUUGCGCUCGUGCCUCGGCGGCGCCAGCCAGCACUUCCGGCCCGGACAGUACAAGUCGAGCGCCAUCGUCAAGAGUGUCGGCAUCGAGGAGGCGGCCGCUCCCACCUUGGCGCCGCCCAUCUUCUAUCGACCGCCGUCGCGUCUUCAGUACCCGCCGAAUCAGAAUGUGAUGGCGAGAAUAUUCCCGAUGCAGGGCUAG